CUCCUCUCAUUACUGACAGACACUAGAAAGAAACGCGCACUCCCCGGAGACAGGAGAGAGAGAGAGAGAGAGAGAGAGAGAGAGAGAGAGAGAGAGAGAGAAUGCGCAGCGGCGGGCGUGAGGACGAGGAGGAGUCGCGGAAGCUGAAGAGCAUGGACGUAGACAAGCUGGAGAACGGCGGCGGCGAGGACAGCCCCCCGCGGCCCGCCGUCAAGUACCACGGCUGGAAGGCCAUGCCGUUCAUCAUCGGGAACGAGACGUUCGAGAAGCUGGGGACGCUGGGCACGUCGGCGAACCUGCUGGUGUACCUGACGCAGGUGUUCCACAUGCGGAGCGUGGACGCCGCCACGCUGCUCAACGGGCUCAACGGCACCACCAGCCUGGCCCCCAUCAUCGGCGCCUUCCUCUCCGACGCCUACCUCGGCCGCUACCUCGCGCUCGCCAUCGCCUCCAUCGCCUCCCUCAUCGGCAUGUUCCUACUGACGCUCACGGCCGGCGCGGACAGCCUGCACCCUCCGGACUGCGGCGUCGGCGAGACCUGCGAGAAGGCGACCCCGUACCAGUUCGCGGUCCUCUUCAUCUCCUUCGCGUUCCUGGUGGUGGGCUCGGCGGGGAUCCGCCCCUGCAGCAUGCCGUUCGGCGCGGACCAGUUCGACCCGCACACGGAGUCCGGCAAGCGCGGCAUCAACAGCUUCUUCAACUGGUACUACUUCACCUUCACCGCCGCGAUGCUCAUCUCCGCCACGGUCAUCAUCUACGUGCAGAGCAACGUGAGCUGGUCCAUCGGGCUCGGCAUCCCGACGGUGCUCAUGUUCCUCGCCUGCGUGCUCUUCUUCAUGGGCACGCGGCUGUACGUGCGGAUGACCCCCGAGGGGAGCCCCUUCACCAGCGUCGUGCAGGUGCUGGUGGCGGCGGUAAAGAAGCGUGCUCUGAAGCAGCCCAAGGACCCGAAGCAGGACCUGUUCAACCCGCCGCACACCAGCGCGCUGGUGUCCAAGCUCGCGCACACGGACCAGUUCCGGUGCCUGGACAAGGCGGCCAUCGUGGCGGCUCCCGAGGAGGUGCGGCCGGGGGGAGCCGCGCCGGCGGACCCGUGGAGGCUGUGCAGCGUGCAGCAGGUGGAGGAGGUGAAGUGCCUCAUCCGCAUCGUGCCGGUGUGGUCGACGGGGAUCAUCUACUACGUGGCCGUGGUGCAGCAGUCCACGUACGUGGUGCUGUCUGCGCUGCAGUCCGACCGCCGCCUCGGCCACGGCGGGUUCCACAUCCCCCCGGCGUCAUUCACAGUCUUCGCCAUGCUCGCGCAGACUAUCUGGAUCCCCAUCUACGACCGCCUCCUGCUGCCAAAGAUCCGGAAGAUCACCGGCAAGGAGGAGGGGCUCACGCUGCUGCAGCGCAUGGGCAUCGGCAUCGCGCUCUCCACGGUGGCCAUGGUCAUCUCGGCCAUCGUGGAGGACCGGCGCCGCGCCAUCGCGCUGAGCGAGCCGACGCUCGGCACGACCAUCACCGGCGGCGCCAUCUCGGCCAUGUCCAGCCUGUGGAUGGUGCCGCAGCUCCUGAUCCUGGGACUGUCCGAGGCGUUCAACCUCAUCAGCCAGAUCGAGUUCUACUACAAGGAGAUCCCGGAGCACAUGCGAAGCGUGGCGGGGGCGCUCGCGUUCUGCAACCUGGCGCUCGGCAACUACCUCAGCGGGUUCCUGGUGACCAUCGUGCACCGGACGACGGGGUCAGGGAGCAACUGGCUGGCGCAGGACCUCAACAAGGGCAGGCUCGACCUCUUCUACUGGACCAUCGCCGGCAUCGGCGUCUUCAACUUCAUCUACUUCAUCAUCUGCGCCAGGUGGUACAGGUUCAAGGGGACCAGCAACUGAUCGGCCAAGGUGAUCAUCGUCUCCCGAGGUGAGCAGGCAUGGAUGAGCUUUGAGCUUUGUGCUGAUGGAAAUAUGGUUGAACGGUUGGGUAAUUAUGGCAUGGCCUUGGGAGAACAGGAGAAAAAGGGUGUAGAACAAGGUCAGGAUUAUUUGUGUGUUACCAUAGCGGUUGUUCGGAUUUUGCUUCUUAUAUUUUUUUGUCGCUUCUGUUUUGAAUUGAAUCUAGGAUGAUCAAGUGGCUGGGGAAAGAGAAGAAAGAAACAAAAGUGUUGGUUUCUUGUAAGUUGCUAAAUUGAAAUAUAAAUGGAUGUUAAGAUGAAAUGAAAGUUCAAGUUUGGUUACCUACUUAUGA